AUGGCCCGGCCAGGGGAGGUCAGCAGAGACCUCUGCACUCUGGUUAUUGCAACAGAUGACGAUGCCGAAACAAGCCUAGUGCUACAUAAUGUGUACAACCCGUCACCGCGGGAGGAAGAUCGACAGCCGGUCCUACAGCAGCUACGAACAACACUGGAAACACACCAGCACGUCGAGCAAAUCGUCGUCGGUGACUUCAACCUACACCAUGAGCUGUGGGGAGGCAGCGAUAUCCGAGCGCCGGACCGCAAAGCAACCGAGCUUCUAGAUCUAAUGGACGACAUGAACCUCACGAGUCAACUAAGAGCGGGAACGAUUACGUACGAAGAAGGAGACCGCCGGACAACCAUCGACCUCUGUCUCGUUACCGUAGGUCUUGUUGACCGAAUGAUCAGAUGCGAAGUAGAUCACAACAUCAACCAUGACUCCGAUCAUCUACCCAUAGCAACGUCGCUGCACCUAGCAGUGACCGAGCUACAGCGAGAGGAGAAACGAAAGUGGGAAGCUAUUGAUAAGGAAAAGUUUAUCGAGACUCUCCGUGGAUCGCUGCCGCAGCUACGAAGGCCAAGAACGAAGGCGGCGCUCGACAGAUAUGUAGAGACAUCCAUAGACGCCCUCUCAGCCGCUAUCAAAGCCGCGGUCCCGACCAGCACCCUUUCACCAAAGUCUAGGAGAGGCUGGGACGAGCAGUGCGCAGCCAUCCUGGCCGAGACGAAGCGACUCCGCCGCGACCACAGCAAGCGACAGACAGAGGAGAGCUGGGAGGCAUACAGAACAGCACGCAACAGGAAAGGACGCAUCAUCAAGAAAGCUCUCCAACAAGGACACCGCGAAGCA